AUUUUAAAAUGAAAAUAGUUGAUUUAUAGGCCAUAAUUAAAUUUUAUUAGGUUAUUCAAAAUAUAUCUUGUAAGUUUUUAUGCAUCACUGUUGGUAUCAUAGCUUAAUUAACUCAUGGUCCGAACCAUAACCAUUUGUGUAAUUGUUGGUCCCGCAUUCUCGGGUAUUCGUAUCAAUUAUCAAUACAUUCAUCUCGAUUCCCUUAUCAAUCGGAAAUUAAGAAAAUAUAAAAUAAUAACAAAACGCCAUUUUUUUUCAUUUUUUAACAAUAAACUAAAAUUGAAAAAAAACAUCCAGCGCUAUCUCAAUCACAUAAUUUAUAGCGUUCUGCCCAAAAGUCUAGGUCGUAUCUUUGCGCUCAAGAAUCGUAAUCGGUAUACCAUGAGUAUGUAGAUAGUGCGGCGGAUACGCGGUCACAUCGAUAACGAGAACACUGGGCGUCGAGCGGAAUCGUCAUCGUUGCGGUUGUCUUGCAUAGUACUCGGCGUCCGGUUUUGCGCGCACUGCGAUCGAACCGGAAGCCCUGUAGUACGUGUGGUAAAAAUUUCACGACACGAACGAUCAGAUUGGCAGUAAAUCAUAAAAUUUUAAGCGAUUCGCUUUGUUUUUCCAAAUUGAGAGAAACUAGAUUUAAGAAUCUCGAGAAAAUAUUAAUUAUAAUAUUGACAUGUCUGUGAUUGACGGCAGUGGUUACGCAGACGACCAACAACAUCAGCAGCAGCUCCAGCAGCAGCAGCAGCAGCAGCAGCAGCAGCAGCACCAACAGCAGCAGCAACAGCGACAUCAACAACAGCAUCGUCGACAUCAACAACAUCACCACCACCACCAUCAACAACAACAACAACAACAACAACGACUGCAAGCGGUGGUGGUUACGACGGCGGACGAACGCGGUGGCGGUGGUGGCCGGCAGCGUCAUUCGGAAAAUGUCGCCGAACAGACGGACAUGGCCGAGACUGGUACGAGGGCCACCGACGUCGUAGUCGUCACCACCGCCGACGCGGUGAAAGAAAACCGCAACGGACCGCCGCCGUCGUCGUCGUCGUCGUCGGACGUCUCCGUAUCCGCCGCUACGUACGCCACGGCCGCAGCCGAACACGUCGCCUCGUCUCAAGUGCAAGUGUCCUCCAUACCCGUCGGGCAGCUCAUUAACGUGUCGGCCGCUGGCACGUUCAAUGUUAUUACUGCUGACUCGUUGCAGCUUUCGGAAUCAAAUGAUUUCAAACCUCUCUUGUGUGUAGAUAACAGUUGUUUAAAUUGUGAUACACGCACUCAAGUUGAUGGUGAUACCUGGCGAACAGUAGUUCGAGCUGAAGAUGGCACUUUCAAAACUGCUCAUAUUGUACUUAGACCAGAUAACUCGACCACUAAUAAUGUUCAUGAAGAAGAGACUGAUCAAGGAGUAUCAUCUCCAAAUACAGCACCUUGUUAUUCAUAUACUGAAGCUGCCAGGUUGCCAGUAUUACCAGUUCGGUGCAAAACCACUAAUGCUGAACUGCAUAAGAAAAAAUUUGGUUCUGGUUGCCGAGGCAAGUGUAUUAAGUUUGGAAACCAAUGGUACACACCUAGUGAGUUUGAAGCCCUUUGUGGCAGAGCUUCUAGUAAAGACUGGAAAAGAAGUAUACGAUUUGGUGGUCGAAGUUUGCAAACAUUGAUAUAUGAUGGAGUCUUACUACCACACGCUAUGAGUUGUACAUGUGCAGCUUGUUGUGAUGAUGAAUCUGCUACUGGCCCUGUACGACUAUUCACACCAUACAAAAGAAUACGUACAAAAAAACAUUCUUCUAGUCAUUCGAAAAAGAAAAAGAUUGAAGACGGUACUGCUAUUAGUAAUGAUGAAGAUAGUUGUGAUAGCAGUGUAGGUAUAUCAUUAGACAAUGGUGAUAUAGAUAUUAAAGAUGAAGAACCCAUACUUCUACAGACAGGCGAUAUUUCUCAAGCUGAAAUUGUACAAUCAAAUGAUUCAAUUGAAGAUAUGUUUAAAAAGUUAGAAAAUAUGUCUUCAAGAAUGAUAAAAAUGGUUCAUCAUUUUCGUAACUCUAUGCGUGUUGCCAAGUACAAAUGGAGUACAGAAAAACAGGAGUUGUUAGCGGAACUUAAGAGAGCCAAAGAAAAUUCUAUUGAAAAUAGGAAUGAUUUUGAUGUGGAAACAAUUUCAAGUGUGGCAGCAGGAUUACAACCUAGUACUGAUGAUAUACCAGAUGUUAAAAAGUGUGCCAAUUGCAAUAGAGAUGCAUUUGCUGAGUGUUCAUUGUGUCGACGUACACCAUAUUGUUCUACAUUUUGUCAAAGUAAAGAUUGGAACAAUCAUCAAGUGGAGUGUGACAAUUCACAGGGGAGCAUUAUGCUCAUUGUACAAACUCAAGAAUAAAAUAUAUUUUAGAUUUUUCAAGUUAUUUCUAAUCUGUUUUUAUAAUUCCUAAUAUAUAUUUUUUUUUUUUAUAAUGAGUAAUAUAGUAUAGUUUAGUAAUUUUAACCUUCAUUUUAGAGUGAAAUGUUUGUUAAAGAUAAGUGAAUGUUUAAGUUUAUUAACAAAAUUGUUUUAUGUUUAAAUUACAAAUGUACCUAUUCAUAUUUU